CAGAUCAGUUAGUGCGUAGCUGAACUCCGUUGUACUUAUACUUGUUACCUAUAUUGUACCUACGAAUGAUGGCAGAUUGGACAUAUUUUUUAGCAAUACUGGUGUCGUUGCAGGUCAUGCAGGAUGGCGUCCACUCGUGUACACUGCGAAGUCACAAGGUUCCGGGCCCGCAGUCGCCGUGUUCCAAUCCGGGUGCCGCCGCUCCGACUCCAGCGAUUCCGCGCCACACACCGUCCUCGUGUGCACCACCCACACUCGGACUGCAAUACCCCGACGCGUUAAAUAAAAUUCCAAGUAUUUCACCCAUUUCGUUUACGUCUUCGCUAUCAAAUCCAAUUCCUGCUGACACUGCACUUCUGCCGGUCCCGGUACCGCGUUAUUCAGUGCCUGUUUCGACGAACAUUUCCGGUAACGACCGAAUUCUUAUUGAUCUCUUGCUCGAAUAUUUCGCUACUCAGGAACUGCCGCACCGGUUACCGUUACCGUCGUUGAGCUCUUCGUCUCGUGGUUUCACACCUGCGAGUCUGCCUGCACUAUUAACGCCUACUCCUUAUCCUGCAACGCCUAACCUGCAGAUUGGUCCGGCUGAACUACAGCAGUUCCUUUCACUUUUAUCGUCUGUUUCAGGACCCGGCUCCGAUUUGUUAAAUCCCGCAGUCCCCUCAAAUCGUUUACUCCCGUCUUUGUCGCCCGCUCCGCCGGCACAUAUCACUACUCCACCCCCCGCCAUCGCCAUCGUACCUGAAAGCGCUAUGCUCGAAGCAGCGGCGGCAACAGAAGCGGCGGAUACAGAAGCAGCGGCAACAGAAUCAACAGCAACAGCGCUCGUCGACGAGCCGAAAUCGACGACUGUACCGGAAACUGCACCGGCCACGCUGCCAAACUCAUUUCCGGCGUCGGACCCCACGGAUAGCGUACCCGCUGCCGUCCAGACAUCGGAUCCCGGGUUGGCCAACGUCCCUGUUUCGACUCCUAUCAACGUAUCCAACUCUACUUUCAAUACACCGGAAGCUUCCGGUUCUGAGUUAGGAGCGAUUACGUCGACGGUAUCGAACACCGUACCGGCUGCAGAUUCCACUUCCGCAUUAACUUCCGACGCCGUAUCGUCAACGUCAUCUCCGUCCGACAUUACAACGCCAAGCAUAGUAUAAAUGCCUUCAGUCGACGACAGUUACCGUGUUUUUCGUCUAUGGCCCAUACAAACCUAUGGUACUGUUUCGAUUCUCGUAUGUAUGUAUAUAUAUAUAUAUAUAUAUAUAUAUACACAUUUUAUAUAUUAUAUUAUAGUUUAGUACAAAUAUUAUGUAUAGUUGUCUUACCAAAUAAUAAUUAUCAAACAAAAUAUUACUUAGGUAUUCAAUAAAUUAAUGAUUUAUGCGUUAUACAUAAUAUUAUGAUAAAGUAGGGUCAUAGUGAUAAGCAUAUUAUUACCUUCUAAAUAUAUUUAUUUUUUAAAUAUUAAGUCACAUAGAAGUUAUAUAGUUUAUUUUAAAGUAGGAUUGAUUUUAUCAUGAGUAUAACUUACUCAUCCAGAGUACCAAAUUUGUUACAAAAUUUGUAUAUAUUAUAAUGAAUUAAUAGAUAAUCAAACAAAUAUUUUAAUUGUUUUUUUAUGUUAUCAAUUUGAGAACUUUAAUUAUUAAUGUAUACAUAAUAUUAUAAAGUUAAUAGUUAUAAUACAUAAUAUUAUGUAUUAUAAUAUUAUUAAAUAUUAUUGUGUUGAAAUAUUUUAUGAAAUAAAAUAAACUAAUUAUUGAUAGA